UCAGUAUAGCUGUGGAGCUCGCGAGUGAACAAGUCAGUCGGUCUCUAGCGCUCGCCGAGUGAGCACCGUCAUAUUAUUGUGUCUCUCGCAUAUAAGACUCCAAAAGUAGAUAAAGUACCAUCAGCUUGCAAAAAAUAAACUUCACGGCUGAGCUUUUUAGUGGUGUCGUUGCAAUUAUUUUGGAAAGCUUCGCGAGUUUUAUUGACUCGAUCGCGAUUGUAUAGCGCAUUAAUCGGAGUUGUUGUGUUCGAUCGAUGAUGUUGCCGAUACCGGUCAUACUGUCGAAAUUUGUCAACGAUUACAACGCGUUGCCGCGACCAGUGUGGGCGCGCACGUAAUCGAAUUAUUCGUUUUUUUCUUUUCUUUUAUUUUUCCCGACAAUUGACUGUUAUCAUCGUCACUUUGUCUUCCGUUGCGUUUUACAUGCAGAGUUGGACGCACUGCAGGACAGUCGAGCGACAGUUUUUGUCCCAUGUAUGCAGUGAACGCGGCUUACCUUCUACAGUACUGAAAUAAAAUAAAAAAUAAAAAAACAGCGAAGCUGUCAUCAGUACAUUUUAAUUUGUUGAAAUACAAAUAGAAAAAAAAAAAAAAACACUGGACAAGCGCAGCAGUGGAGGCUCUGAUUUUUGACGUUUCGCCGCUGUUUCCAACAGAUAAUCAUCCUGUAUCGCGAGUGUGGUGCUUGAGCAAAUAAUCGGUCGCCGACCAGUGAAGUGACCACAUAUAACAAAUAAAUUAAAAAAAAAAAAUAAUCACAUCGAAAAUGGUGCCACAGCAACAGGACAGCCCGUCGAACUCGGGCAUACCGAUGUUCGGCUCGCUCCUUGUCGACAAAAACUCGUCGACGCCGUACUCGGACGCAACGCAGACGAAAAAGAACAACCCGAACCACAUAAAACGGCCGAUGAACGCGUUCAUGGUGUGGUCCCAGAUCGAGCGCAGGAAAAUCUGCGAGGUCCAGCCGGACAUGCACAACGCCGAGAUAAGCAAGAGGCUCGGCCGGCGCUGGAAGACGCUCGACGAAGCCGAGCGCCGGCCCUUCAUCGAGGAGGCCGAGAGGCUCCGCCAGCUCCACAUGAUGGAGUACCCGGACUACAAAUACCGGCCCCGGAAAAAAACCACCAAACCCGCCCCAACCCCCAAGACCAAGGACUCCAAAAAGACCAAAAAGUCGUCCGGCUCGCCCCUGUCGUCGUCGUCCUCGCUCUCGAGCGCCCUGUCUUCCGCGAGCUCCAGCUCACAGUCGAUCUCCAAUCCCUGCAAGCCCCGCAACGACACCAACAACAACACCAGAACCCAACACCACCACACGUCCGUCAAGAGGCUCCAGUCCCUACCGACCACGAGUCCCGUGUCCAAGCUCAAAGUUAGACUAGCCCUCGACAAGAGGCCAACGUUGCACACCACCACCACCACCACCACCACCACAACGACGAUUAUGCAGGAACAACAGCAGCAGCAGCAGCAGCAGCAGCAGCAUUACACGCCAACGCCGCCGAUCGCGAGCGCCAAGGUCCCGAGCAGUCCGUCCUGCGACACGCCCGACUCGCCCGAAUCGGCGAGUUUCUACGACGACCAUCAGUUUAUCGACUGCCCGACGCAGAUGGCCAUGCACCAGCACCACCAGCACCACCACCAUCAGCAGCAGCACCAUCAGCAAUUGGAGCUCAUGAAAGCCGAGACGAUGGAUUUCGUGGGUACGGAUUUCGCGGCGAACGACAGGCUGUUGUCCUCGGUGAGGUCGUACGUGCCGGACAUGAGCAGCUUGACGAGGGGCUUCCAGCAGCGCCAAGCUUGCCACCCCGACGACGUGUUCGUCAAGGAGGAACCCCUCGACAUUGCCAACAACAACAUGAUGGUCACAAGCACGACGAACAACAACAACAACAACAACAACAACAACCAUCACCAGCACAACAACAACAACAACAACAACCACGUGAAGCUCGAGGAGUCGUCGAGCAACAACACGUUCACGGACAUUGACGCGAUAGCCCUGACGGACCUGCUGCAGAUCCAGCCGUGCGACUUCAAGCUCGACCUUGACAUGGAGACCAUAGCCACGGACCUCGACGGGUACGACGACCGGGCGAGCGGUGGCCCGGGGAUCAGUCACUUCGAGUUCACCUGCAAUCCCGACGUGACGGACAUGUUCUCCGACAUCGGGGUGAACAACGAGUGGACAAGCUUCUGAGACGAGGGGAGCGCCGGGGGCGAGGGCUUGCUCGGGCCGAGUCGCGUCAACGGUGACCUCGAGCUGUUUGGCGAGCAAGCGGUCGCCCUUUGUGAGGUCUCGGAGGAGGUUGAGGACGUGGAGGUGACGAGGAGGAGGAGGAGGAAGAGGAGGAGGCGUAGGAGGCGCUCGGAGGUACCGGCGGUGUAGUCGCCCGGUUGCCGAGGGAUAAUCAAUAACUUGUGUUUGUGUUCAUUAUUAACAAAAAACAAAAAAACAAAAAAAAACAAAACAAAACAAAAAAGAAACAUAACGAAAACGUGAUCUCUGCAUAAAUAUUUUCACGCGUGCGCGCGUGACGUUCUUCUUGUCGCGCCCGAAAUUGGAUUGUCGAGGCGCGGGCUCAAUACAAUUAGUAGAUCUUUCGCUCUUCGUUUUCUCUCCUUUUAUUUUUUUUUUUACUUUCUUCAACUUGUUUUCAUCUUUUAUUCGUAUUUUAUAUAUUUGUACACGUACACGCGUUUAUCGAGGAUUUCAGAGAAUUGAGCAGCAACAGCAAGAUAUCGCUCGCUCGACUCUUGUGACUGUAAAAAUGCAUGCGUGUAUACAUUAUACACGUGGUGUGCGCGUCGACGCGCGCGUGCGUUAACAUUUUUAUCAUUAUUAUUAUUAUUAUUAUUAUUAUUUUUUACGAUUAUUACAAAAGGGAGAUGAUGGAGGUGGAGAAAAAGUAAAAAUCCAUUUUGCUGUAUGUGCCGGUAUCACGCGAUUGACUUUAU